AUGGAGGACUUUUCUACCAGGACCUACGGCACCAGCGGGCUGGACAACCGGCCGCUGUUCGGAGAGACGUCGGCCAGGGACCGAAUCAUCAAUUUAGUUGUUGGCAUCUUAACAUCCUUAUUGAUUCUAGUAACGCUGAUCAGUGCUUUUGUUUUCCCUCAACCACCUCCAAAACCAUUGAAUAUAUUUUUUGCUGUCUGCAUCUCUUUGAAUACUAUUACUGCCUGCAUACUUAUCUACUGGUAUCGACAAGGAGAUUUAGAACCGAAAUUUAGAAACCUAAUUUACUAUAACUUAUUUUCUAUCACCAUGUUAUGUAUAUGUGCGAACCUGUACUUCCAUGAUGUGGGAAAGUGA